AUGUCAACCACACAAGCAGUGACGAGCUUGGGGUCUGAAAUUGAUGCGAAGUGCGCAUCAAUGGAUGAGAAGAAAAGGAAGAGAAUGGUGUCGAAUAGAGAGUCGGCAAGGCGGUCGCGAAUGAAGAAGCAGAAGAUGGUGGAAGACUUGGCCAACGAAAAGGGCAGGCUGUUGAGAGAGCUUGAGAACAAUAACCGACUCUGCUCUGAAAGAGAGAAAGGAUGGCAUGCCAACGAGUCGGAGAACAACGUUUUGAGAGCUGAAAAGAUGAGCUUGGCUCAGCGUUUGAGCUGCUUGCACUCGCUUAUACAAAAUAUUCUUGGGCUCUCGGCAAAUGCACCGAGGAAGACUCUGGAGCCUAUGGUCAAUCCGAUGCAGCUUGUCAUAGCAUCUGCUGGAAAGUAUCAACAAAAUACUGCACAAUUCAGGUUAAUGUCACAAAACUUACAAAACUAAGCACAUAAAAACCACUUUUGAAGCCUGAAGAAACCACGUUAAACCAUAUUUGAAGCAUAAUUACAUACACCCUGCUACUCUAUAUGCUACUAGCUUAUAAGCAGCAUGAACAUGUAUCUGUCCAGUAUAUAUUACUACUGCCUAUGCACCACUCCUGUAAUGUUUUUCUUAAUUUUGUAAUAUUGAAUACUGAAUAUAGAAGAUAGAGAAA